AUGUGUGGACGCACUUGCCUAACCCUAGAUCCCGAUGAGGUUUUGUGUGCCUGUAAAUAUCCCAAGAAAGUCAUCAAAAAGGAGGCGGAAUUUGAAGAAAAAGAUAAUGCAGUCAAGGAUGAUAAAGGUUCCGACUUGGAGACACCAGAGUGGCGGGCGGAAUUCAACCUGGGAAGGCGCUACCAGGCCUCCUACAACAUAGCGCCCACCGACAUUACGCCGGUGAUUGUGUCCGCCGCCCACUUCUCGGAGGCCGAGGAUCAGAAGUGCGCCCGCGUCGUCAUGCCCAUGAUGUGGGGCAUGAUACCCUUCUGGCACAAGGGCGACUACCGGCGCCACGGCCUCACCACCAACAACUGCCGGCUGGAGCACCUGAUGGACUCCAAGCUCUAUCGGGGUCCCUUCAAGCGCGGCCAGCGCUGUGUGGUCAUCUGCGAGGGAUUCUACGAGUGGCAGACGGCUGGUCCCGCCAAGAAGCCAUCGGAACGGGAGGCCUACCUUGUAUUUGUACCCCAGGCGGGCGAUGCCCUCAUCUACGACAAGAGCACCUGGUCGCCGCAGGAUGUGAGGCUGCUGCGAAUGGCCGGCCUCUUCGACGUUUGGGAGGACGAGAACGGCGACAAGAUGUACAGCUACAGCAUCAUCACCUUCCAGUCCAGCAAAAUCAUGUCCUGGAUGCACUACCGCAUGCCUGCGAUCCUGGAGACUGAGCAGCAAAUGAAUGACUGGCUGGACUUUAAGAGAGUGAGCGACGCCGAGGCCUUGGCCACUUUGCGUCCGGCUACCGAGCUCAGGUGGCACCGAGUGGCCAAGGUGGUCAACAAUUCGCGGAACAAAAGCGAGGAGUGCAACAAGCCGAUUGAAAUGGCCGCCAAACCAGCAAAACCGCAGAUGAACAAAACGAUGAUGGCCUGGUUGAAUGUCCGUAAGAAGCGGGAAGAUCAAAUCAAAGCGGAGCAGAGUGAUGCCAGCGACAAUGAGGAGGAGGAAAAGGAGGGAGGUAGCAAACGCAGGACCUCCUCCGAUGGCUCCCCUGUGGAGAGUCCAGCAAAGAGGCAAAAAUUCCGGGACUUUAAGAGGGCAGCUCUCCAGCAGAGCGGCGGCAGCAGCGAUGGCGAGACGAAAUCGGGCGAAAGAUAG